CAACAACAGGUGCAUAGCUGAAAAUGCUGUAGUCGAAAAGAAUAAGAAGGGGAUGUUGCUGUGUGUAUAAUUCAUUGCAGUUUGUAGCUACUACACGAAAAGACAUUCGUUUGCCAAAUCACUUUCCAAAGACGACUAUUUAACCAUUUACGAAUGUCACUAGGAAUACUUUUUGGUUUUUUUGUCACCCUGACCGGGUUUGUUGUCACCUUUCCAGCUUCCCCAACAGAAAACAAUGUGGUUUCCUAUUCCAAAUUUCAAGUGUGGAGAAUAACACCAAGCACAAAUGAAGAAAACCAGAUCCUUAUGGAAAUUUGUGAAACAUACGGUUUGACAAUUUUGAAUGAAGCAAAAUUGGAUAAUACCUCCAUGGAUUUGUUGAUUCCGCCUGAAUUAAAGAUCAAAUUGGAAAAUAAAUUGGAUGUUGCUAAUAUUCCAUAUGCCGUCACAAUCGGUGACUUACAGAAGGCAAUCAACAACCAAAAUUCGAACGCAACUAUCCGCAAUUCCAAAACAGCACCUUAUAAUAUGACCUGGACUAGCUACCAUCGCUUGAGUGACAUAUACGGUUACAUGAAUUAUCUGGCUGUCACUUAUCCAAGCCUUGUUUCCUUAAUUAACAUUGGCACCUCUUACGAAAAACGACCGCUAUACGUUCUUCGCAUUUCAAACUCUUCGUCUCCUGGCAAAAACUCCGCUAUCUGGAUCGAUGCAGGAAUUCACGCUCGUGAGUGGAUUGCUCCAGCAGUUGCUAGUUAUUUUAUUCAACAACUUGUGGAAGUGCCAGCAAAUGCCAAACUUCUGACAAAUGUCGACUGGUACAUAAUGCCCGUCGUGAAUCCAGAUGGUUAUGAGUAUACAUUUGUUACUGAUCGGCUUUGGCGUAAAACUCGUUCGUUGACAAGUUCAUCAAGCUGUCGAGGCGUUGACCCCAAUCGCAACUUUGGUUAUAAAUGGGGUGGUCUUGGCACCAGCACAAAUCCAUGUUCCGAUAUUUACAAAGGGACCAAAGCUUUCUCCGAACCUGAAACAAAUGCCACUUCAAAUUUCAUUUUGGGAAAGGCCAAUCAAAUCAAACUUUACCUUACCCUGCAUAGCUAUGGACAGUACGCACUAAUUCCAUGGGGGUAUGACGUUGCUUAUCCACCUGACUAUAACGAUAUGUUGGCACUUGCCAACAAAGCAGUUUCUAAAUUCGUUAAAUACAAAUUUUCCGUUGGUAAUUCAGCCGCUCUACUUUAUGCAGCUGCAGGUGGUUCGGACGACUGGGCCAAAUCUAUUGGCAUCAAGUAUAGUUAUACUUUUGAACUUGCGGACACUGACACGUAUGGUUUUAUUUUGCCUGCCUCCGAAAUUUUGCCAGUGAGCCACGACUUCUUCCCCGCGUUGGAUGUUUUUGCCAAACAAGUAGCGACUUGUUGUGGAGUUGCAACUACAACCACCUCCAAACCCACUUCUACUAUACGGACCACUCCCAAACCCAAUUCUGUUAAAUCUACCACUGCCAAACCCACUUCUGCUAAACCAACCACCUCCAAGCUAUCUUCUACUAAACCCACUACCAAAAAACUAUUAACGAGUACCAAAAAACUAUUAACGAGUACCAAAAAACCAACAAUCACUUCUAAGAAACUGAUUGGUUAAUUCCCCACGCUGAUCGUCUUUCUGUGUUUGUGCAUAUAAUGUGUUAACAGCGGGAAGGCCGACAAUGUAAUAGCAUAACCAGGAAGUUUUGAAAACACAAAACUGCUGAUACCUGGAAUACUUGCAUAUCUUUUGAAAUACAUAUCGGAUAUCUACGAAAUUGUAUU